CCUCGACUUUCGAGAUUAAUGUAGCAAAUGUGUUUUACCUUUCAAAUCGCCAUUAAGUAGCUCUUCCCGCACAGAAGAAACACUAUCGAGUGAAGAUGGCAGAUGUUAUGUUUUUGGUUUAUUUUACAUGUUUCUGUUUGUAUCAAGAUUUAGUUUUCUGUGAUGAAUAUGGCGAAAGUGGAAACCAGAUCAAACUAAAUCCAUUCAUCCAUGGAAAACCUGAAGAAAUACUGUGGACACAUAAUGGAAACAAGGUUCUGGAGUAUGACGGGAAGCAGAUGGACACAUAUGGCUCAUUUAAAGACCGUGUAGAACUUGAUUUUGAAACAGGACAGCUCACAAUAAUAAAACUUAACAACCAAGACAGUGGCACAUAUAAGUCUGAAAUUGUGAUCAGUAAGAAGGUUCAUACCUCCAGUCAUACUUUGACAGUUUUGGAUGCUCUGCCAGAGCCUCUGGUAACCUGUGAAGUGGACGAGACUUCAAAUGUGAAAAAACUGUCCUGUUCAGUGGAAUCCCAGACUGAGCCGAGCUAUGAAUGGAGUGGAUCUGAUGUAAAACAGCCAGGGCCAACACUUGUUGUUAAUGAACAGGAGGAAAACCUUAACUCAGUCUAUACCUGCACUGUGAAGAGUAAAGCUGGAAGCAGGACCACAGACUUUAAUCUGCAAGACUGUGCCACAGGCAGAGCAAACCCUGCUGUGCUUGUUCCAGUCUUAAUAGUCAUAUUGCUUCUCAUUAUUCUGCUUGCUGCGCUGGCAUUUUACUUAUACAGACGUAAAAGACCACAGUGUAAGUGCCAUGAAAACAUAUUCAACAUAUCACCAUCAAAACGCAUCUUUAGUUGACUCCCAUGUCUCGCAAAGAUUAUAGUGCAUAGAUUAACAUAAUUUUCUUUUUGUCAUGU